UGUUUAGUCAUAGUGGAUACUUCGUGGUGAUGGUUUGCGAAUUCACUUUUUAAUUCGUUUCAUCAAGAAUAUUGGACUGAUGGUUCAUUUAUUCAGUUGAAAAUUACGAUUUUUACGAAUUUCAAGAUUCAUUCUCUGAAUGAUAAUUCAAGAUGUCCAUUAAUCAAACACUAGGAGAAAAUUACGACGAUGAGAGCUUUAAAGAACGCUAUGUAUUUCACUACGAACUGCCAAGCUUGCAGCAAAUAGCAUCCUACGAAGUUUGCCGAACAAUCUGGUACAGCAAUUUAUCGAAGUUCCAACUUAUCGAAGCGAAAGAUACUAACGUUAUUCACUGUCGUUUUAUGAUUGGGUAUUGUCUUUUCUUUCAUUACCAGAAGCACAAUGAGCAACUUAUAAAGCAUUUGAAUGUUCCCGCUUCAAUCGAAGGUAUUCUCGUAAAUUCUAUGACUAAGGUCUGUAAAGAGAUCGAAGAUUGGGUGACAGAAUUUUACCAAUACACAAUAAAUCUCGAAAGCCACAGCAGAAUUCAUCUUAUUGAUCCAAAAUGGUGGGUUUGGUCGAUGAAUGGUGAAAUCGACUGUUCGAGAAGCGCAAGGAGGGUUCUACAAGAUGGCAGUUUGACUGAAUGGCAGAAAUUUCUCGUGAUGUGUAAAUAUUGCAUGACAGACGAGAUAAGUAAAUUCUCGUUGGAUUCCCUUCCACCGCAAUUAUUCAAUGAAAAUUGUCAUUGCAGCAAUUCUAUUUGCUUUUAUUGGAUUUGUUUUCUCAGAAAUGAAUUGCACCGAAUACCAGUCAGAAAUAAUGAUUCAAUAGACUCGGCCAUUUUUAGAUAUUACGCUGAGUCUCCUAUAGUUAAAAAUUUUUUCUGGAAUCGUUUAAAUGACGAUCAGCAAGUAGCACUUGUUGCUGAUUGGAUUAAUGUGUCUUUACCAAAAAGAACAAGUGACUUUAUUAUUUCGUUACAAAUGAUUUCUAAAAUGUUACUGUCUCAGCAACAGCGUUUGCUGCGUGAAACGAGACACAAAAUCGUUAGUUUUUUCGCUCCGUAUUCCGAUUCAUCACGAUGUGCUCUUUGGGCUUGGAGGUAUGCUGGAAAUCAGAUGACUGUAGGACAAUUCGCCAAUUUGAUUAAGAUAUUGUUGGAAACAAGUAUAAAUGAGAAGUCAACGUCUUUAUUGAAUGAGAUUUGGAACACAGCGUCUGCUCACCAGAGAUAUCAUGCUAUCCAGUACAAGUUGGACCAGUUAAUAAAAACAUUAAGGAAAAAUAGUUCGACAUGCUCUGACCGACUUCUCCAGUUUAUAUCAGAAGACGAAAGAAAAGAAUCGAUUCUUAGAUCAGUAAACCGAAAUGCUAUUCAACAUUGUGAUGUUGAUUAUUUGAGCAACUUCCUGAAUGAAUAUUUGCCGUGCCCGGAAGACCAAUCAACGUUCAGAAAAUUGAUCAUUGAUUCUCCCGCGUUUUUAGAUCGUGAAAUAGUAUAUUACAAUACAAGGAGCGAAAGUGAAGUAUGUUUGGUCGAGUGCAAUUUGACUCGCCGAGCCGAAGGCGAGGGGAGUUAAAGCACGAGACCAAACAUUCUUCACGUCGCUUCUUGCAUUGUAAGAUAUUUUUCAUUAUUCAUGCUACGAAAAUAAGUUUUACGCCCGUUUUUGGUUAAAGUAAUGAGUAUGAUCCCUUUUUUACAUAGUAAAUAUAUCGAAUACUAAGCCUCCUAGAAAAAAACUAAAGGCAUUAUGUCGAUUGGAAAUUUAAUUCUCUACAAUUUUCCUCGACUUCAUUUUUCCGUAGAAUGCUUUUUUCCGCCUUCAGGGCGCUUUAAAAGUUGAAAGAUCUUCAUUUUCGAUCCGGGUAAACAUAGAGCAUUUUCGUAGCAUGCACGGAGGGCGGAAAACUUAUACUUUCGUAGCAUGUAUAAUGAAAAAGACUUAUUGCAUCGUGGAAAAUAUAAAGAGAUGGAUGAAACAUUGAAAUUUUACUUUUCUCACGAUGCAGCUGCUGCUGAAAUAUUCAAACGAGACUUCCUGGAACAGAAAUUGAAAACUAUGGAUUUCCCUUCUGACUUCGGGUUAAUUUCAAGUAUCGAUAAAUGGAAUGGAUUGAGCCAUUUCAUCGAUGAGGUUUUUGAUGAAGAUCCGAAACCAGGGUUGAUGGUUAAGAAAUGGUUCAUCACAUCAGCAUUUACCCACAGUAUCAGUCGGAUUUGGUACUCAAACAACAUCUCUCAUCUUACCCAGAGUUUCGAUGAUUUUGUGAAAAUUGUCGAAACUGUAUUCAAAAAUGACGAACUGGAGAAUGUGAAACGUUUGUUUUCUGAUCAUUUUUGCGCAUUAUCCACUGGUCCUUCCCGUGGUGGCUAUUAUUAUGUGGCUUGUAUCCGUGAUAAUGUUUUUCUUCUCAAGUUUAUGCAGUGGUGUUCGCUGCAUAGUGGAAAGCCUUUUUUGAAGUUGUGAUCUAACUAAAUCUGUACUUACCUAUGUUUAAUUUAUCUAUCUGUACCUACCUAAUACCAAUAAAAAAAUACCUAAUAUGCA